AUGCUCGGUCGGCACUUGUCGCGGGCAAAGUUUCGGGCUCGACACUCGUGUCGCUUCUCAUCUUCACAAACUCAAGAUCCCUGGAAUGCAUUCACUUAUCGACCUGCUUCCCCUCCUGUAUCCGCGACUCAAACGCAAGGCCCUCUAUCUGGUAAACCUAUAGCCGUGAAAGAUAACAUAUGCACAUCCGAUAUGCCGACUACAUGUUCCUCCAAAAUGCUGCAAGAGUUUUGCCCUCCGUACGACGCAACGUGUGUUGGCUUAUUACGACGUGCGGGUGGAGUGAUCGUUGGAAAGACGAAUUGCGAUGAAUUUGGGAUGGGGUCGCUCAAUACCCAUUCUGCAUUUGGACCCGUCAAGAAUCCAUUUAAGCAAGGACCGGCCCGCUCAGCGGGUGGGAGUUCAGGGGGGAGUGCAGCUGCUGUAGCAGCCAAUCUAUGCUUCGCUGCACUUGGAACGGAUACGGGCGGUUCUAUACGACUUCCGGCUGCAUAUUGCGGUGUGGUGGGAUUCAAGCCGUCGUACGGGAUGAUUAGUCGAUGGGGGGUCGUUUCCUACGCAGAUAGUCUUGACUGUGUUGGUGUUUUGGCUUCGAAGGUGGAGGAUGCCGAGUUGGUUUACGACGUGCUCUCGCAGUACGAUCCUCGAGAUCCUACUUCCAUACCGCCGGAUCUCAGAGAAGCUGCAAAACAAAAUGCAGAGACCAAGAUCAGGCAGCUGUCCACGUCGGAUGAUUUGAGUGGAGUACGGAUUGGGAUCCCUCAGGAAUACUUUCCCAAAGAGCUCGACUCUUCCUCUCUCAUUCCUUUUCGCGACCUACUCGAGCGCCUGCGAUCUCGAGGGGCACAGCUCGUCCCGGUCUCGUUGCCUAGUACAUCAUACGCCCUGAGCGCGUACUAUGUUCUCGCGAGCGCCGAGGCGAGUAGCAAUCUUGCGAGAUACGAUGGUGUGCGGUUCGUACCAUCUCCCCCCCUCCCCUCUACUCCAUCUCUUCAAUUGACUAAAAUGGACGGUGCGAAUAACAGCGCGUUUGAGAAUUAUUUCUUGCAAGCACACCGAGUCCGUGCGCUCGUUCGGGCCGACUUUGAUCGAGUGUUUGGAAAGAGCGUGCUCGCUCGAGGUGGAGCAGAUGGCAACAACAACAACGACAACGACACCAAGGAAACGGUGGACAUAUUACUUCACCCAUCGGCGAUUCGAACUGCCCCUCUGCUCGAAUCAAAGGACGAGAAGAGCAUAGACGCAUACGUGCAAGAUGUGUUGACCGUCCCUGCGUCGCUUGCUGGUCUUCCGGCGAUGUCUGUUCCGUGCGGGUAUGGACCGGAUGGGUGGCCUGUUGGAGUGAGCGUUGUCGGUCAAUGGGGGUUCGAUGAAUAUGUGUGUAGAGUCGGGACAUGUCCAAAAUUGUAUGGAAGGUCGUUGAACGUAGAUCUUUAG